GAGGCAUUGUACCAAGGAUGCUGGCGGCAUUUCCUCGUUGUAUCGCAAUACUGAUACGUUGUGCGAGGAAGCCGCCAGCUCUUCGGUCACCAGUUACGUCAACCAGACGUUUCGCGAUUUCUCCAAAAAACUUGUGCGCGCUGGGACCCCAUGGACCUAGAGUUUCAAUCAGUUGGCUAUUAUGUUUUUAUAUGCAAAAAUAUAGCCUUCUGGAUCAUCUGUUUGCAAUCCUUUUGCAUUAUCUGUACCAGUUGACAGAUGGAGAUGUGUGACGUUCUGACGUUUCGUGUCGGAUUUGUGAAGGAGGUGGGUCGCUAGUUUUUUGUUCGACACGAAGAUAAAAACACUCAAUUAAAAUAUCACAUAUCGUGUAAUUAAAUCAAUGUAAUUGUGUUCACAGUUUUGAUUAUGAAACCUUUAAUAGAUUUCGAUGAGUGCCUCAGGGAUUCUCCAAAAUUUCGAGAACAGCUGGAAACGGAGGAGGCGAGUAUCGACGGCUUGGAGUUGAAACUCGAUAAAGUCCUCAAGGCAUGUUCUGUUAUGAUAGAAUCAGGAAAAACAUAUAUGACUCAUCGAGGUGCUUUCACAAAUGCACUAUGGGAUCUGAGUGGUUACUUCUCGGAGGACCCAACGGUGAUAGCCACACUGAACCGGAUGAUCCAUGCACUGCAGGAAAUGAACAAGUUCCACUCCAUACUUUUGGACCAGGCCUCCAGGACUGUACUCAAGAAUCUCACAGCUUUUAUUAAAGUAGAUAUUAAGGGUGUCAAGGAGAGCAAGCACCAUUUCGACAAAAUCUCAAAUGAUCUGGAUCUAGCUUUAAAUAGGAACUCACAGGUGUCAAGACACAAACCCACCGACGUGGAGGAGGCGGUGAAUCUCUUACUAGCCACGCGCUCCUGUUUCCGGCACACGGCGCUCGACCAUGUCCAGAAAAUUACGAUGCUUCAGGCGCGGAAGCGGCACGAGAUAUUGGCUACUUUCCUGUCGUACAUGCAGGCGUGCUGCACGUACUACCACCAGGGCGCCGACUUGUCCGAGGAUCUGGAGCCUUUCCUCAAGUCUACCGCUGACGAGGUUUCAACAAUGCGUAACGACACUAAAAUAUUGGACAAGGAGAUGGAAAAUCGGCAUACGAUCGUCAAUAGUAAGGACAGCGUGUUACCGAGUUGCAAGCCCCCUGAUGGGGACUGCAAGGAUGGACUGCUUACUACCCCAUGCUUGAAAAGCUUGCCCAGAAUGCAGGGGUAUCUGUUCAAAAGGACUUCAAACGCGUUUAAGACAUGGAAUAGACGCUGGUUCUACUUAUACGACAACCGAUUAGUCUACAGGAAAAGGACAGGAGAGCUGAAUGUGACAGUGAUGGAAGAGGACCUACGAUUGUGCACGGUGAAGCCGGUGCUCGACGGCGAGCGGCGGUUCUGCUUCGAAGUGCUUUCACCCUCCAAGAGUCACAUGCUACAAGCGGAUUCCGAAGAGAUGCUCGCCUCCUGGAUCGCAGCUUUACAACACGGGAUCCGGUCUGCCAUACAACAAGGUCGCAGUCGUGACGACUCGAGGGUUCAGCCCAACGCACCUUCUCAGGAAACCAUGCCUCCGGGCAUGAGGAAGAUCAGAAUAUGGGAGCAACUGCUAAAUAUUCCCGGCAAUAACUUCUGCUGCGACUGCGGCGGCCCCAAUCCGCGCUGGGCAAGCAUCAACCUCGGCAUCACGCUUUGUAUAGAAUGUUCGGGUAUACAUCGUUCUCUUGGAGUACAUGUCAGCAAAGUAAGAUCUCUUACACUCGAUGAUUGGGAACCUGAAAUCAUUAAGGUUAUGGCAGAACUGGGCAACAAAAUUGUGAAUUUAAUCUAUGAAGCUAACACAGAAGGGACUACUAUUACUAGAGCAACGCCAGAAUGUGAAACCACGGUCCGCGAAGCAUGGAUCCGCGCGAAGUACGUGUCGCUGUCCUUUGUAAAGGACAUCACGGCGGGCCGCCUGGACGCGGACGCGGCCGCGCGCUCGGCGUCGCCGCGCCGCUGCCGCAGCCGCUGGUCCGUGCGCCGCGCCCGCCGCAGAGUCCGCGCUCCGCCGGCAGUCCCCGAAACCAUACCUGAUGAAAAGAGCGACGUGAACAGCAAUACCAGCGAGAGCUCAACGAAGUCCGGAUCGGGGGAAAACAGCCCGGUACUCCUCAUUGGGUCAGAAUUGGCCAGUGAACGGCGGGUCAAUCUCACUCUCAGCCUGCCUUCCGACCACGAUUCUACCGAGGGCGAGGAUGAAGAUGACUUGGAAGCGGAGGAGAUCUCGUCGCUGUCGGCGCAGUCGGUGCUGUGGCGGGCGGCGCGAGCACACAACGUGCCGGUGAUGCGCGCGGCGCUGGCCGCGGGCGCCGACGUCAACGCGCCCGCCGCGCGCCGCCGCGGCCCGCUGCACAACGCCGUGCUCAGUGGUUCCGUGAUGGCAUGUUCGUUCCUGCUGUUAAACGGCAGCAAGCUGAAUCCGCAAGAUGAGGACGGCAAGACGCCGCUCCAUCUGGCCACCGAGGCCGGACACACGGCUCAGGUUGUCCUUUUAUUGCGGUACCGCGCAGAUCAGUCCAUAGCAGACCACGACUCACAGACGCCGCUGGACAUCGCCGUUAGCCACGCUAACGCUGACAUCGUCACCUUGUUACGGCUAACAAAGCUCAACGAGGAAAUGCGCGAAUCCGAGAUGUCGUCCAAUGACGACACGUACAACGAGGUGUUCCGCGACUAUACCCAGCUCGCUCACUCGCACCCGGAGCGGCUGGUGAGAGCGAGACACAACAACAACGAGGGAGAACAACCUAGCGAAUGACACAGCAGUGGUGCCGCGCGACGGCGUUGGCUGUGGUAACGACUGAACGGACCGGGCUUCGAUUCCAGCGCCCGUUUUAAGGUUGGACUGUACCGUAGACUAGAGCAAACGGCUUGUCGAUUAUGUACUUCACACAAACGUUCGUUUAUUAUUUUGACUACCACAACUAUUUCAUAGCAGACUUCAAAAAAAGGAGGUCUUCAUUUCGACAUUUAUAUGUUUGUUCCUCGAUAAACAAUCAUGAGUUGAUUUUGAUGAUUAUUUUUUUAACAAGCAAUAGUAAGACGUCUUUAGCAAUGUACCCGAUGUCGUGUGUAGCCGGUGACGUCCGCAAGGUUUAAACUAUGUAUUUUCUCCAUAGAUCAGAUUGAGCGAUACACAAAAGACUUACAAAUCUAACGAUUAACUAUUCAUUUAUUAGCCGUACUUUACAUACGCAGCUAUUAGAACACAAUUUCAUUCAGUGUCAUGUUCUAUCUUACAUUUUCUUUUCACAAUUCAUAAUAAUUUAUUUGCACAUAAAAGGUGUUAUAAAAGUUACAUGUCCUAGGGUGAAAAACUAGAAAAAUGUACAAUAUUAUAAACGGUGUUUUUUUUUAAGUCCGUUAAUUUCAAGGGUGCAUUCCUGAGCUUAAAUUAAGUAACUUUCUUAAAGAAACCGCCAUUCUAAUUAACUCCGUUUUGGAGAUAAUCAACGGUUUAUCUCGGUCUAUCUGACAAGGCGUCUAUGAGCGUUUCAUUAGGGCCUGUUUACAUAUUGAUUGAUGUUUGGUAUUUAUACAUUUGCUACUAUACCCAAGUACUAUCUCCGACGAUCGAUGUUUGAAAUGGUAUUGAUAUGUCAAAGUUUUCAAUUGUUUGGUUAGGUUAAAUAGCAUGCCUAUGUACUUAGCCAUACCUCGAAGUUAACGGAGUAUUGCGAUACCCCGUGUAUAUCGAUAACUUUAUCGAAUUCCUUGGUUCCAAUUUGGUAUUUUGAUUUAAUUUUCCAUCUAGCGAACUGUAUGUGAUUAAUUCAUCAUAUAACUGUUUAGGAUUUUAGCUACUUACAUUUCCGAACUAGUACACAAAUCAAAUCGAAAAUACCACAAACCGACCUUUUACGGAGAAUAUUUCGCAAAACGAUAUUGGUUUUGUUUAUAAGCUGGUAUUUACUUAAACAAAAAUCUCUGAAUGAAAAUGAAGAUUUGAGAGAUUCAUUAAUUGCUUCUAAAUGUUGAGUGUUUCGUAUUAAGUAUUGAUAUUUUAGAUUAGAUAUGAAAUGCAUUUUGUUAAAAGUAUUAUAUGUUAGUGUGUAUCUUCCUGUUUCCUAGAAACUAACGAAUUUUUUGUAGUGAUCGUAAUUUGAUAUUACAUAUUAUAAGGUAAAUCACUCAUUUCAAUUGCUGUCCGUUUAUUAAUGAGAUAACGAUAUUUCAAAUUAAGUAGCAUCGAAAAAAAAUCGAAAUAGUGGUUGUAUUCUCGGCAACUCGAACUCUGGCUUCUAAAGCAUGCAACUGGCAUAAGCGCUAAUAUGAUAGACAGGAAGGCUGAUAAAAGCUGAUUAUAGAUGGCGCUGUGGCGAUGAUACCAGCUUUAACAAGGGAUUAAAAAUUGCCAGCCUAAAAGGUACAACUUGGAACCCGACGUGUAGCGACCGCAGCUAACAACUGCAGACUUCAGACGUUUCGGACCCGACCGCAUACCGCAACGCCGUAUGUAGUUGGUUCAGAGUGUUUCGCGACGUUAGCGGCACUACUGAUCUGCGGUCGGGCUCGGCGACGUAUAUUAUUCAAACAUUGAAACUUGUUCCACGCGUGUUAUGCAGUUACCUAUAAAACAAGAUUCUUUAAGUUUACGAAGACACAUUCUAACAGUAGCUGGCAUCGUGUCGCUGGCUUCGUGUCUGAGUCCGAAGAAACCAGUCGCCUCACAUCACCGAGUUCCAACUUGUACCUUAAAAAUGACCUUGAUGUUUUAAAUUUAAAAUUGAAUAUUGAUUUUGCUGACCUGAUAUCGCGCCCGUGAGACUUAAAUCCUGGUAAUAUCAAAAUUUGACAGCCGUUAUUAAAUAGAUGGCGUAUCAAACGUUUGGAUCUUGAAGAGAAGGAAGAGAGUUUGACUAUGUCAUAUAUAGACAAUCAAAUUGACAGUGGUUUUUCUCGGUCCGAUAGGAAUCAGUAACUUAUCUAUAAACAAUCUAACUAUAUUUCGGCUGUGCCAACUAUAUUGACUGUAUGACUGUAAGGUGUACUAGGGUGAUUUCCGAAAUUUGGGUAAUCAGGAAAAUCAUUUAAAAAUCACUCGUAUUCUAUUGUAAUUAGAGGCUCUUUCCGGAAUCAUCCGCCACUUUUUUAGUGUCUUUUGUUUUCGGAAUUACCCAAAUACACCUUAUGACAUUUUUAAAUUAUAAAUAAAUCAUGUUCUGGCUGUGUUGGGCGAAAUUUACAUAAGGUUUCCAUCCAAAUAACUUGUAUGAGGCAGUUGAAGAGUAUUCUAAUUUCUACGGCAAAGCCAAGUAGAAACGUUCCUGGCAUAAUACACGACCUAUAUUUGUUAGCGUGCUAUUUUAUAUUUAAUAUUGUAUUUUAUUCGAAAAUUAUGAUAUUGUAUGGACCUGACACAUCGAGCGUAAGAAUUUAUAAUGAUAAUCCUUAUAAAAGGCACUGUUAGUUCUAGGCGACUCCGAGUAGUGUUAUCCAUCCAAUUAAAAGACACACAGGUCGAUUCAACGAAGAAAAUUAAAAACAAUAGUGCGGGCGUUGAAAUGCAUUUAUCCUCAUGCCGCCUUAUGUCCAUUACAAAGUAUACUCUGUUUCAAUGGAAUUUGCCCUUUCUCAAAAAAAAAGAAAACAUAGAAUACAAAGUAGCAUUUCUUGUCCCGAUCUAACCACUUAGAUUCAAACUAUCUUUGAAAAAUGUUGCAUAGUGGGCGGAGCGGGGCUAUACCUCUACAAUCGUUGACACAUUUAGCUGAUCAUCGGUAACCCUUAUUGCAAUGAGAUAACGUCUAUCAACGAUCAAUUAAUCAGAACCGCUUUCAUAGAAUGAUCUAUGUAAUUUGAAUUCAUUUUAUCCUAGCUUUGGUGAAUUGAUCUGUAUGUCGUCUAACUAUGUCACAUCACAUUGUGAGACCGAGACAGCACGAUAAACUAUAAUAAGUCUGUUAUCACGGCGUGUAACUGCCGCGUUGUUAUAACGAAUUUAGUGCCACCAAAUGUAGGAAACAAAGUCGGUUUAGGCUCUAUAUACAUGUUUAUACAUAUAAUUAUACACUUUUUUAUAGAUUUAAUGCACUUUGUCAGUUUCAACGUCUUCCAAUAACUUAUACUCUAUAGAAUGGUAAAAGAUUUUGAUUUUCAUAUUUGGUAAAAUCAAUAUGUUCUCAGUUUUACUUUUUCCGCUCCGAUAUCGAGUAUCAGUGUUGGCCGAACGUUAAUGAGAAUUAUCCGUUAUAAAUUGAACCGUAAAUUGUAACGGACGGUUACAGUUUAUGGUUCAAUUUAUACUGGUUAAAUUUCAAUAUCGUCAAUUCUAAGUAACGUUCGGCCAACCCUGUCGAGUACAGUAUAGGAGCCGCUAUCGGUACGAUGGGAGAUUUAACCUGUCAUCGGCACCUCACCAGUGGUCGGCCCCUUCAAUCUUACUUACUUCGAUUUUCUUACAAAAAUAGGUGCUGGUACUUUUUGGUGAGUCUUUGGGUAGUUAACCCUAUUUCGCCGACAAUGCCGGAAUCGCAUCUUUUGUAUGUCAAAUACUACGUACUUACAAAAAUAUAGCUUAUUAUAAGCUUAUUGGAAGAAAUUGAAAUCGUCGCUAUAAAUACUAUAGCAUAAUUGAUAAGUAUAUAAUAAAGGGCCAUAGUUAAUAUAAUAAUGUUUGGCUUGGCGAUGUAUUGAUUCAGUAAACCAAAGAUUUCGAAUGUUGGUUAUUUUGGGAUGUAAAUCGUGUAUUGAUUAAUGGAAGUUUUUUUUGUAAUACAUAACUACAUAUCUGAAUCGUGUCACACUUUUAAGCCCACGUAUUUUCUGCAUGACAAACCAAAUUAUUUACUUUUGUUAGCCGGGCUCAUUAAUUGCUUUAUCUAUACAUAUCAUAAAACUUCUAUGAAGCGUGGAAAAACCGCAAAUUACGGCCAGCAUAAAGAUAAUAUUAUUGCGUAAUAUAAGUAAUAUUAUUCAAUAAUGCCAUUCAAAUUUAAACUUUCCUGAAAAACAAAAGAAUUUGAUUUCAUUUCAAUCAGGUAUCAGUCGAGUUGACGUUUAAUUCAGUGUUUGAUCAAAUGCGGCAAUGACGGUCGUAACAUGCGGUUCCUGACCACAUCGUAGAGAGGUUAUAACAUGUAUGUAUUAAAUCAGUUUAUACAGCUGUACAUAAUUAGGCAUUAAAACACACGUGUGAUCCUAUAAUGAAACUCGCUUCGUUCGUUUCAUAAACCCACACGCGUAUUUUAAAUGACUUUCAUUCUAUUCCAGUCACAUAAACUACUAUUAUAUUGAAACAUAUUUAUUAACGCGGCAAUGGAUGGUGUUAUGUGAUUCGUUUACUGUUAACGUCAUAAUCAUUCCUUGUUGAUUGGUUAUUAUUUGAAAAACCAAAUCAUUCCUAAAGCAUUUCUGUCAAACUAUAUGUGUGGCACAUUUAGUUAAUUGAAUCUCAAUUUAUAUUUAAGUGAGGUUUAUUUUUAUAUUUUUUUACAAUCCUAUUUACAUAAAUCUUGUAAAUAACACUUGCCAAGAUUUAUACACAAUCUACACAUUUAUAUACGUUAAAAUCUUGUUAAUAUAUUUGUUUACAAAUUCCUGCUUGCCAAUAUUUUACUAAAAUCGUUCUUGGUUAUAACAUAAUCAACUUCAAUUCCUAUACUAUUCCAAUAUGAAUGUUUUGAUGAAUUUACUCUAUCGAUUUUAAUCUUGGACGUACUGUUGCAUAUGUACAGUCAAUCAAUUUGAAUCCUAGGCCACUAUAGAAAGAACCUUGUCGCUUUAACUACUAGAUACUUGACUCGCAUCACUCAAUAAGCAUUGUCGUAAAAGUCAUUAUGGCAUGGUUCUAUAGUGGCCUAGGAAUCAAAUUGGUUGACUGUACACUGAUAUGGCAACCGCAUACGGUAGUCAUCCAUGUGUGAAUGUGUCCUUAGAUUCAUGUUGUAAUCUUAUUAUAAGUACCUAUAUUAAAGAGUAGGAGGUCUAUAAUACUUCUAACCCAUAAUAAAUUGUCUGUUUGUUGUUAGUGACAAAUUUGUGUAUUUUAGUCUUAAAUAAUAUGGAGAAUAACUUACAGUACAUUUCGCGCUACUUUACCACACUUGUGCGAUAAUUAAUGCAUUACGUAACGAUGUCGAAAAUUUAAAGGGCCAUAUGUACUGUAAAAUGUUAUAUACAUGUGCGAAUAGGCAAUUCGGUAGUUUUUUAAUUUAUCCCCACUCGUUGCCAUUUCCUAUUUUUCGCACUUGUAUCGUAAUGUAGUGUUCUGUUUGCUUGAUUGUUUAAUAAAAUAGGUAGGUGCUUACUACUGAGGCCACAUUAAUUUAUAAUUCAAUAUAAAUCAGUUUCCAUUUCGAUUCUAAAUAAAUAUGUGCUUAGCAAAAUUAUGAUCUAAUGCAUUCCAAAAACCUUUAAUUUAAAUAUUAAGGCAUUUUUUUAACUGAAAAUUGACGUGACUGGCCUGGUAAAGAAUAGGAACAGUACCUAUUAUGAAGGAUCGCUUUUGUAUGCCACAAUAUUGAAGAUUGUUGUAACGUUGAUGUAUUUAUUGUACUAAGUUGUAUUUGAAAAUAAAUAAUUCAAUUAAAUA